UUAUAACAGAUAGCAAAAAUUGUCACUUUACAAAGCACUAUGGGUAAUCGAGUUGGUAAUGAAAAAUACGCACAGUACAUACAGCUGUUCGGCCCGGCCGGCUGCGAAGCUAGCUCGCGUCACAAGCCAGGAGCCAUAGUUAAGGCUUUUAUUGUGUCUCCUGAUGUGCUGCUUGUCGACAUGUCCUGUACAGUCUGGCUGCACCUUUAUUCUCAACCAUCUGCAGCUAGUGUAACAUGCACGGCACUUCAUGACCUCAACUGAAUAGUGUGCACAUCAAGUUUUCCUCAGUAAUCAGCAUUUUCUCUCCAAGUGAGAUUGUGAUAUCAAUCAUGCAUUGUGCAGCAGCAUCCUGUGUGAACAAUUCAAAAUACAGGGAUAGGUUGAUUGUUAUGCCACAUGUAAUUGAACUACAGUUCCAUAAGGCACAUGCAGAGGACUACACUAAAUGGGAAAAGAAGCUUGACAAGACGGAUUACAGGGUGUCACAGUAUACAAGAAUUUGCAGUAAUCACUUCAAGUAUGGUAAGCCAUUAGCAGGGAGUUCUGUUCUUACACUGUACAUGCGUUCCUACCCGGACUGGGCAUUGUCAAGAAAACAGGCAGCUAAGGAAGUUGCAGCAGUAGAAAAUGGACUGAUUUGUCAUGCAUUGGUGCAUGUGUGUAAGUAUCUGGACCCACAGACAACAACUAGACUUGCGGAGCAGCUGAGAGUACAACCUGGAAAGAACAGCGACUGUAUUUUCCAAAAAUUGCUGUCCAUGUCUAGUACUGAGGCUAGACAGUUAUUACAGCAAGUUGCACCAAUUGUGCCGGGAGGAAAAUGUUUAGAGGCCCUCCAUAUUUAUAGAUAUGGAGCCUUGUGUGAAGGGACCGGUUGGUUAUCGGCUCAGUUUCAGCCCACUAAAGUUGACUCUGUCUGCGCUAAUAAAAGGAAAGACUGUAAUCCUUAUUCAAUACCUGCCUUCCAUUCAUAUGCCAAACCUGAAACAUUCAAACAGUCCACAGAGAUGGUUCAUUGUGGACACCAGUGUAAUAGAAAAGAGGGUGUAGCUUGGAGGAAGCACAACAAUAAAAAACAAAGAUUAACAGCAGUGGAAUGUAAAGAAGAAGUACUUUAUGAAAAUUACUUCCAUGGAGAUUCAACUCUUAGGGAAACACAAAAUAUCCAGCUAAGUGAAAAAAUCACUGAACCUGAAAGUGCAUUGAAGUGCACACAGCAGAUCAUGAAAGGACCAAAAGUGUCCAUUGAGUCAAUAAAGCAUUCUGAUGAACUUAUUCAGCUUCAUACCGGGUUGCCGUCAUAUCAGUACUUCAAGUGGAUUUAUAAAGAAGUUGACAAGGCAUCAGAAAAUAUGAAAUAUUGGCAUGGUAAUGGAUCAGAAAAGGCCAAAAAAUAUAUAGAAACCAACCAGAAAAAGCCUGGACCAAGUCGGGUGGUGUCUAAAGAAAAUGAACUCCUGAUAACUUUAAUGAAGUUAAGACUUAACAUGAUGGAGGAGUACCUGGCAUACCUUUUUAAUGUUAAGCAGCCCACAGUCUCCUCCAUAUUAUCCACAUGGAUUCCGUUGUUGAGCCAUGAACUGUCUGGAUUGAUUUACUGGCCUGAAGUGGAGGAAAUCAAACUUUGCUAUCCAGAUUGUUUUAAGAGAUGGCCAGGCAUUAGAGCACUAUUAGAUUGUUUUGAAAUCCCAACCCAGAAACCAUCGCAUGUAGAGGCAAAUACACAAGUAUUUUCAUCGUAUAAGAAUCGGGCCACCACCAAAUUCUGCCUUGCUUGUACACCAGGAGGAUCUAUCUCCUUCAUAUCACCCCCAGCAGGUGGAAACAUGUCGGACAAGGAGAUUGUCAUUGCAUGCAACCUUCCCCAAAAAUUCUCCCCUGGUGAUAAGUGUAUGGUUGACAAAGGUUUCCUUAUCAAAGGGGAGUUGUUGGAGUAUGGUGUUGAACUUAUCCAUCCACCUUUUGUACAUAAAGGCCAGCCUUUCACUGAGGAAAAGAAUAGAUUGAGCAAGCAAAUUGCACAUGCUCGAAUUCACAUUGAGCGCGUCAUUGGUAGGUUACGUGACUACAAGUACUUGUCAAGUGAAAUACCAGUGUCUCAACUGGAUUUGAUAGGUCCUGCAGCUAGGGUAUGUUGUGCUCUUACCAACCUUAAAAGUUCUGUUGUUGGAAAGAGUUAGUGGUGAACAAAAAAUGCUACAUUUUAAUAAAAUGUUCACCCAUUAGUUAAUGUUUAUGAUGAUGUGAAUGUUGUUUAAUACAGCUGUGCAUCAGUGUGCAAAAACUACACAGCUUAU